AUGGCGACGUGGCGGCGGGACGGCCGGCUGACUGGCGGCCAGCGGCUGCUGUGCGCGGGCGUGGCGGGGGCGCUCAGCCUCAGCCUCACCGCGCCGCUCGAGCUCGCCACGGUGCUGGCCCAGGUCGGCGCCGCGCGGGGCCAGGCCCGGGGGCCGUGGGCCGCGGGGCUCCGGGUGUGGCGCGCCGAGGGGCCCCGGGCCCUGUGGAAGGGGAACGCGGUGGCGUGCCUGCGCCUCUUCCCCUGCAGCGCCGUGCAGCUCGCCGCCUACCGCAAGUUUGUCAUACUCUUCACGGAUGACCUGGGCCAUAUUUCCCAGUGGAGCUCCAUCAUGGCUGGGAGUCUUGCAGGCAUGGUUUCCACCAUUGUGACGUACCCUACAGACCUCAUCAAAACCCGGUUGAUUGUGCAGAACUUGCUGGAACCAUCUUACAGAGGGAUCCUCCAUGCUUUUUCUACUGUUUAUCAACAGGAAGGGUUCCUAGCCCUGUAUCGAGGGGUUUCCCUUACUGUUCUAGGUGCUCUGCCCUUCUCUGCUGGCUCCCUUCUAGUUUACAUGAACCUGGAGAAACUCUGGAAUGGACCCCGAGAUCGGUUCUCACCCCUCCAGAACUUCGUCAAUGUCUGCCUGGCCGCUGCCGUAACCCAGACGCUCUCCUUUCCUUUCGACACAGUGAAGAGAAAGAUGCAGGCUCAGAGUCCACACCUUCCCCACCGUGGAGGAGUAGAUGUGCGUUUCUCAGGAGCGGUGGACUGCUUCCGGCAGAUAGUCAAAGCCCAGGGGGUCCUGGCGCUCUGGAAUGGACUGACGGCCAACUUGCUGAAGAUAGUUCCGUAUUUUGGAGUUAUGUUUGGCACCUUUGAGUUCUGCAAGCGGAUCUGUCUUUACCAAAAUGGUUACAUUGUGUCUCCUCUGAGUUAUAAAUUAACCCCUGGGGUGGAUCAGAGUUUGAAGCCCCAGGAAUUGCGGGAAUUUAAAAAGUUCUUCAAAACCGGACAGCUUAAGUCUAAAAAACCAACUCUGUAAAACUGACCGGAACAAGAAGUGCACUGACCGAAGGCGUGUUACAAUCAUAAAAACCUCAUAACUGUGCGUGCGCAGAGUGACCAGAGGAAACUCCCGUCUGCCACUCUUGGAAAUGGGAAGAUUUCACCACAUACCAGCUCCAAGCUCCAAACGCACGUCCUGGUGCCCUGGGAAAGCUUCCCAGCACAACCACUGCAUGGUGGCAAUCCACCAGAUAGCUCCACAAAACACAGCAUUAACAAAACGUGCGAUUUACACUCUGUAAACAGGCAACUUACACAACACCAAAGAAAGGCAAUGGCCAUGAUCUCCAAGUGAAACGUCGUUGAAGCAACUGAGCAAAUAGCACAUCAGGAGCUCAGCCACACAGUCGCAGCUUGCACUGACCCACACUGGCCUCGCGCUGCUCCAUUCCACCCAAGUCUUCCCAGCACACUUGUUCUGAAACUCCUAAUGUUAGCUGACUUCUGAGUGUGCACACUAUAGUGUAAAUUAUGCCUUAUUGGAAACUAAAUUAAAGGGGCACCUGGGUGGUGCAGUCAGUUAAGCGGCAGCCCUCAGCUCAGGUCAUGAUCUCAGGGUCCU